AUGUGUUUAAUGACGAAAUUAGAUGAGGAUUGGACAUCAUACGAUCGAGUGAUAGGAUCUGCAGGUGAAACAGUAAACCCAUGGUCUAUCAUCAACAUCCAAACUCAAACAGGAGAGAUACCUGGGUUUGAGACUAAGGAAUCAACAGAGGCAGAUAAACAUUGGAUGGCAAUCUAUAGUCUAUGUUCUGCUCAAUUGGCUAGAACCAACAUUGUACAAUAUGCUGAAAGAGUCAGAGAUAAGAUUCACGAGCAGAUAAAACUAUGCAUAAAUCAAUUGGCGGUGUUUCCAGCUCGGAACUCCUUUGAACCUUGGGCCGCAGACCCCAGUUACAUAAAGAUGGUGGCUGCGAUCGAUCUAUUCAUGUACAGAUUUCCUAAUCAUGAACACGCGAAUGUAAGAGUCUGUACUCUUGGAAGCAGGCAUAAAGACUGUGCGGGGCUCCUUUCCAUCGGGUAUCUAGCUCACACUGUCAGUUUCGAGCAUGAAUCCGAGUUUUUAGACUGGGUGUGGUCUAAAAAGAUGGCUAGGGAGUGCAUCUCUAUGAUGAGGGAGAGGAAUGAGAUGAUGCAAGAGUUCUUCUACUUCCCAUAUCAGUCAGAUCUUGGACUCAUCCGAAAAUCCUAUUACUCCGCUAAGGAUGACGAACCAAAGGAACCCAAGGGGAUGGCCUGGUUUUCUUAUGCUCGGGCGCACGACUUUGAACUUACUCCGCAGAUGAGAGCAUUUGUGGCUGAUGCAAAAGCUAAGAUUGGAAAAGUCCGUGAAGGUUCUAUAAGCGAAUACGUGAAAACCUCGUUUUAG